CAAACUUAGGAUCAAUCCCAAGAGAAGUGGGGAACUUGACGGCUCUUAUCUGCUUAUGGCUUGACAUGACAGUAAUAGUUUAAGUGGUACUAUUCCUAGAGAGAUGAUGUGGUCUGAAUAAUUUGGAGAUGAUGUGGUCGGAUGAUAACAAACUUAGCGGAUCAAUCCCAAGAGAAGUGUGGAACGUGACGACUCUGCUCCAGUUACGGCUCAAGAAUAAUUCUUUAAGUGGAGUUUUUCCGCAAGAGAUUGGUCGUCUUGAUCAUUUAAAAUGGUUAGACCUGAGUUUUAACAAGUUAUCAGGACCAUUGCCGCCAACCAUUUUCAAUGUGUCUACUUUGGGAGGGAUUCACCUAUCAAGCAACAGACUUAGCGGGUCAUUGCCCUCAGAAAUUGGGAACAUGAAACUACUGCUAGAUUUAUACCUUGACAAUAAUGUUUUAAGCGGUCCAAUACCAUCCUCAAUUGGAAAUCAAUCAAGUUUGGUGGCCUUAUUGCUCUCCUCCAACAAAUUUGAGGGUGAGCUCCCAUCCUCCAUCAGCAACUUGACUUCAUGGUUUGAGAUACUUAUUGUCUCAAACAAUACUUUGGAAGGAGCAAUUCCUCAAUGCUUUGGAAACUUUAGCCAGUAUAUGAAAAUCUUUCAUUUAAAUGCGAAUAAUUUUAGUGGUGUACUUCCGUGAACAUUUAGCAAUGAUUGUCGGCUUGUGUCCAUCAAUUUGGGAACUAAC